CCCAGCCACUCUCUAUCUCCCAGCCCAGCCACUCUCUAUCUCCCAGCCCAGCCACUCUCUAUCUCCCAGUCCAGCUACUCUCUAUCUUCCAGCCCAGCCCAACCACUCUCUAUCUUCCAGCCCAGCCACUCUCUAUCUCCCAGCCCAGCCCAGCCACUCUCUAUCUCCCAGCCCAGCCACUCUCUAUCUCCCAGUCCAGCCACUCUCUAUCUUCCAGCCCAGCCCAACCACUCUCUAUCUUCCAGCCCAGCCACUCUCUAUCUCCCAGCCCAGCCACUCUCUAUCUCCCAGCCCAGCCACUCUCUAUCUCCCAGUCCAGCCACUCUCUAUCUUCCAGCCCAGCCACUCUCUAUCUUCCAGCCCAGCCACUCUCUAUCUCCCAGCCCAGCCCAACCACUCUCUAUCUCCCAGCCCAGCCCAGCCACUCUCUAUCUCCCAGCCCAGCCCAACCACUCUCUAUCUCCCAGCCCAGCCCAACCACUCUCUAUCUCCCAGCCCAGCCCAGCCCAGCCACUCUCUAUCUCCCAGGCCAGCCACUCUCUAUCUCCCAGCCCAGCCACUCUCUAACUCCCAGCCCAGCCACUCUCUAUCUCCCAGCCCAGCCACUCUCUAUCUCCCAGCCCAGCUACUCUCUAUCUUCCAGCCCAGCCCAGAAACUCUCUAUCUCCCAGCCUAG